GGCAGCCACGGCGGCAGCGCACAUCUUUCCGAGCGAAAGACGCGGCGGCUGCGGCGGCAGCGCGCCGAAACCCCGCCGCGCAGCCGCCGCGCUGCGUCGCUGGGCGGGCGGCGCCGCCGACGGCAGCGGACGACGUCGCCUCCCCUUCCUUCUUCUGCGCCCGCCGGGAUCUCGGCCGCGCGUCUCGUGGGCGAGGUUCGUCUCCUCGUUCGCCGCGACCACGCCACGGGGCCAUGUCGUUGCCGCCGUCAAAGGGGCCGCCUGAAAAUAAGCAGUCAGCAGCGCCCGAGGAGCAGCGGUCGGCGCCUGAAACCGGCCAGCAGCGACCGCCCGAUAAACAGCAGCCAGCACUUCAGAAACAACCUGCACCGCCUGAAAAACGGCAGACGCCGUCAGAUAUUCGGCAGCCACCGUCCGCAAAGCGGCAGGUGCCGCCCGGGAAGCCGACGUCACUACCGGAAAUCAGGGAGCAGUUAGCGCCUGAAAAGCAGCCUCCAGAUCCCAGUAAGCAGCAAACGUCGUCGUCGUCGUUGUCUGGAAAGCCGCAGGCCCCGCCGGAAAAUCAACGGUCAGAGCUCCGCAAGGAGCAGGCAACAACGCCGCUGCCUUUCCAUAAACAGCUGCAGCCUGCAGAGUCCGAACACCUCCCUCCGCCGCCGCACUGGUCAACGUCCCGCUCGCCGCUGUCGUUCGUGGAGCUCGAGGAUGAGUCGCCGCCGGCGCCGGCAUCGACGUCCUUCUCUCCUCCUCCCCCCACCUGCGCGCCCUCCUCGGACGAGAUCACGCCGGGCGCCAAGACGAUCCAGGUGACCCCUCAACGCUCGCCGGCGCACAUAUCGCACGAGCUGCUGGUCUCGAUGGCCGAGGCGAACCGCAACUGGCCCGGGCCCGUGCCGCUGCCCCACGGAAGCUACCGGCACCGGUGCCGCUUCGAGUGCGUCCACUCGGGUCAGUACGGAGUGGUCUACGUCCGGCCCAAGGACUGGCAAGGGGACAGGACCAACUAUGUCAACCUUCCACACGUCAUCGCCAUGGUGGGUCUUCCUGCCAGGGGCAAGACGUACAUUGCCAAGAAGCUGACUCGGUACCUCAACUGGAUUGGCAUCCAGACGAGAGUGUUCAAUGUUGGCGAAUAUCGGCGUCAAGCAACGGAGGCCUACAAGAGCCAUGAUUUCUUCAGAGCAGAUAAUGCUGAAGCCAUGGCCAUCCGCAGCAAGUGUGCCUUGGAUGCUCUCGAGGACAUGUGCAAAUGGCUGGAGUCUGAAGGGGAAGUGGCAGUGUAUGAUGCGACCAACACAACCUAUGAAAGGCGCAAGCUCAUCUUCAACGUGGUCUGUGAGCGAUUUGGCUUCAAGCUGUUCUUUGUGGAGUCCUACUGUGACGACCCCAAGAUUAUUGAAGCCAACAUUCGGGAGGUGAAGGUCAACAGCCCAGACUACAAGGACAUGAACAAGGAUGAUGCCCUCCUUGAUUUUGUGCACCGCAUUGAACACUAUAAGGCUUGCUACCAAACCCUUGAUGAAGUCCAGGAAAAGCAGUACUCAUUCAUGAAGAUCUUCAACACAGGACAAAAGGUUGUCGUGCACAGACAUGAAGGGCACAUCCAGAGUAGGGUAGUCUAUUACCUUAUGAACAUCCACAUCAUGCCAAGAUCCAUCUACUUGACGAGGCAUGGCGAAAGUGUCCUGAACCUGCAGGGAAGGAUUGGUGGGGAUGCUGAUCUCUCCGAACGGGGACGGGAGUAUGCACUUGCACUGGCGAAGUUCAUAAAGAAGCAGUCCAUUCCACGCCUCCGUGUGUGGACGAGUCAGCUGAAGCGCACCAUCCAGACUGCAGCAGGCAUUGAUGCUCCACAAGAGCGGUGGAAGGCUCUGAAUGAAAUUGAUGCCGGCAUAUGUGAGGAGAUGACAUACGAGGAAAUCCAGGCGAAGUUCCCUGAAGAGUUUGCUGCCAGAGAUCAGGACAAGUUUCAUUACCGGUACCCACGAGGCGAGUCCUAUGAAGACCUGGUGGCUAGAUUGGAGCCUGUCAUCAUGGAACUGGAGCGCCAGGAGAAUGUCCUUGUGGUUGCGCACCAAGCUGUCCUGCGUUGUCUGCUUGCCUAUUUCCUUGACAAGAACUCUGAGGAGCUUCCAUACCUGCGUGCACCACUGCACAGCAUCAUCAAGCUUACACCCACGGCCUAUGGCUGCGAGAUGAAGAAGUUCAGCGUGCCCAUAGCUGCAGUGGACACGCACCGCGCCAAGCCCAGCAUUCCAGGAACUUUGGAGGACAAGUUCAAGUCUAAGAACGACGAGUGACCCCAUAUAUACCGCAUCUCUAGAUUUCCGUCCUCUCCUCUUCCGACGAUCCUACAUGUUUUGAGAUGGACAACAUCUUGGCCUGGCGUUACGUAGAAACAAACCUUCUGGCCACCAUACAAAGGCGAAAAAAAAAAAAAAGACAGCCUGCAAUGGACCCUAGGUUGUGUAUGUGUACUUGUUCCUGAAGACAUCCCUGUUGGCGAAAAAUCUGGGGCCUCGGUAACUUUGCCUGAAGGUACAUGGAUGAGAAUUCAAAUGAGUGGCUGAAUCGGUGUGAUGGCACCUGCAACCUUUGCCCUGCCCACAAUGCACCGCCAUCUUGUAUGUUGCGUUUAUUUUUUAUUUUUUGUUUCCCUCUGUCUCGUGAGGUACGGCUCGUGUUGUGAUCCUAUGAAGUAUGUGAUAAACUGUCCCUGGUGUGCAGACCCGGCGCGAACUUGCUGUGUUUGAUGCUGCACUAGGGAAGUUGUGAUAGGACAGUGGAAUCCCGUCCGGAACUGUUCCUGUGCACGCGCAUUCGACCGCAGUUGCUAUUGUGCAGAGUUGACGAUCCUGUGGAGCUUCUGACAGUUGCGUGGGAGAAAGGGUACGUGGGAAAUGUUAAGUUCUAAGUGGCGUUUUAGUAAUGCAGAAUAAGUUUUAUGCCGCCGACAGAGGUACUUAACCGCUGAACGUGACACACCAUAAAGUGGGUGAAAAACGUUUUAACGUGGCGGAGAUAUAUUAGCGUAGAAUACUAGAAGCCGUAUACGGGAUUAUCAAAUGGCCUUAUAUUAGCAUCAAAUAUGGCAACGCUUUGCGAUGCUGUGAUGUACCUACAAUGCACGGAACUUUUGCAUUGAAGGACUGCCGUAAAAACCGGACUAUAGGUCGAACCGGAAUGUAGGUAGACCCCCCAACUAAGCAAUUCUAAAAAUGAAAAAAAUCUUUUUCAAUGGCAAAUAUACCGAAAGACACCCCUUAAACAAAUGCGACUCAGCUGGUUGCACAAUGGUGACGGUAUUUAUUUAAAUGCUGCUCCGUGCCGUGAUGAUAAGGUGCUGACAAACACGCGGGUCGAUGGCCGCACGAUACGAAGCCCACGGCAACCUGGCGGGUUGCCGUGGGCUUCCGCCUACUCAAUCGCCUUUUAUUGCGAUAGCAAUUAUAUGGACACUCAAAAGCAGAUUUCUGCCGUCGGCGUCGCCGUCGCCGUGAGGUUCCGUAUGACGUCACUGGAGAUGAAAUCGUCGCCGCGCGCCGAACGCUGUAUGUGCGAGUGAAAGGGCGCGAGGAGUGAACGGGGAGUGAACGCACGGCGGAGAACAAACGCGCGUUCUGCGCCGUGCUCCCUUAAGGGCAUGCAGAAGUAGGCGUCUCUUUCCUCCUUUACAAUCACCAUAUAUGUAGAGCAAACGCGCCUUCUUCCGACGCGCGAGAGGCCGUGGGGGAGGGGAAGGGAAGGGAAGGGAGGCUACGUUUAGCUGCGGCACCAAGUGCCUAUUUAUAUCAGAGGCUCCGGCAACAGUCACCAACGCCGCACCCAUUUUGUGCGAACGCGGGCAAAACGCCGACGGCGUCGACAACAGUUAUGCGUGUUGCCGGUGCUGCUGCAUGUCCAAGUUUAUACAGCUGAUAAAGCUACUAUCAUUACUCCGUAUAGCUCUCUACAAAUUUGCUAUCGUUUGCUAUCGCAAUUGAUGCUUCGCCUUUCAGGUGAAACUGCGACAACUUUUUUCUUGAAGGCGACGGCGAAUUGCCGUCGGCUUCCGCUCAUUUUGAAACAAAAUGUGAAAAAGCAGCCUGAAUGCGAUGGCGAAGGCGGCUGUUUACUUCUUCUGCCCAUUGUUAGACUUCCCGAAUUUUUCCGUCAAUGUCCGGUAUAUAAGACGAGGGUCGACUUUUCGCAAUGGUUUUUUGAAAAAAAGUUCGACCUAUAUUCCGGGUUUUACGGUAUUUUUAAUUUAUCUGCAGGCCAGGCUAACUUCAACUUUUUCUCAUCGAAAGCUUUUCUCUUUCUUAUCUGAAGGCAUAAAAGUGUCGCCGGAUGCACUUAUCAAGCUUAUUUUUCAGAACAGAAGUACGGUCGACCUCCGCCAGUAUGUCCUCGCUUAAUUCGACUUUUCGCUUAAUUCGAACACACUGAAAAGUUCUGGCGAGAAACAGUGCGCUGCUAUGGCAGGAAAACGGGUCAGUUCGAAUGCGAAAAUACACGAAAUUCAGCAGACGGUGCUACUGCGUUUGUCUCCUUUGAUGUCUUUGUCACCGUCGGUGACGACAGUGUUUGUGGUCUGUGGGCCGCUCAACAACGACGACACAAAACGUGACAGUCCAAAGCCGAAGGCAGUGCAUGAACGGUUCGACGCUCUUCACCGCAUGCUGAUUGAGUCGCGCUUCAAGAGGGAAAAGAAAAUGCAGAAAAUGUCGAGCACUAAAAAUAUUUAAGUAAAGUUGAAAUUGUUAAUUUUGCUGCCAUUCGUUAAUUCGACCUUUCGGAUAACUGGAUGAAAUCUUGCGGUGCUGCAAGAGUCGACGGUUGUCGACCGUGUCGUACAACGCAGCGUUCCUGACGCUCUAUAUUUGAACCAUAGCAUCAGAAGGUUUCGCCACUCACUGCUGCUCCCAUCCCGUCUACGUUAAUACUUCUUCGCCGUGUAUUAGCGCAAAUCUUGCUUGUUAUUCGGGAUUUGGUCUCGAGAUUGCUCGGGUACGAGACCAAUUGCACGUGGACACAGUAAGUCGGUCCAAGCAUGUGUCACUGACCAUUGCAUGCAUUUAGCUUUGCCGGCGUGCUCCUGAGACACUUGAAAGAACUAAUUAACGGAACUUCAGGGGCAUAAAACUUAUUCUGCACAAUUCCGAACUGUAGUGGUUACGCAGUCAGAGGUAGCAGAUAGUGACAGGGUUGUGCGCGUCGUUGCGGCUCUGCCGGUAGCGAGCACUUGUACAGGUUUUUGUAUAUGGCAGUGUGUAUAGGGAUUAAGUAUCGCGCACGGACAUUUCUGUAUACGUGCGCCGCGCGCACUUACAAUUGUGAACCGUAUUGUAUGCGGUAUGUGUUUUGCCACGUUGGUGAUAUAUCGUGCAGGUUCACGAGUAGCCGUGUGUGACAAAGGUCAGUGCUAGAGCAUUUAAGGUGAGCGUUCUUACGACGCGCUUCGUACGCAUUUGUCACGCAACCCCCGUAUUCUGAAAGAAUCUUCGACUCGAAGCUCUUCUUCCACGCCAUGAUAAUGAUGAUUUAUUGGCGUCCCCUUUGAAACGGGGCGGUGAUAGUCACCUAGCCAGCUUGAGUUAGUCAGGGAUGCUGUUUUCAUUCCAGCAUUUUUUGUAUGCAUCUCCUUGAGCUUUUUCUCUCUUCUUCAAAACUUAGCUAUCUACCUUGUACUGCUACCUAUGCCUGUAACGAAACCGGUCGUAUCAGUCUCUUCCCUGCUUUUUUUCCACCACUACUCUACACAUAUCUUGCUUAUAUGGACUGCUGACCGGCUGAUGCGUCUGUCCGCUUUAAAUCUAACUCUGAGUUGAUCACAGCGCUGCUCUUCCACUGAAGAAGACACUCCGUUUCUCAAAGAUUGUUGUGGAGUGUACAUGUAGCGCAGUGACCGCUUUUGUUGAAGGGCGGCGGUGGCUUAAACUUUCCUGGGUUGAGGUAGGGUGUUGAGUGGAAGACUGUUCUAGAGUACGGGGGUUGGACCUGUUUACAUGAGCGCUCCGUACAGAUUUGGACUUUAAUAAUGCGUUAAGCGCCAUUAAAACAAGCCUGGACCCGAAAUUACACUUGCCAUAAGACUCCAAACAGGCCUGGAAAGCUGAACAGCGGCUGAGCAUCUUGCUCAUGCGCUAUUCCCGCUAAGCGGAUUGAGCCGUACAAGCGCUCGGCUAUAAUAGAAUGGCUCUAGCGGCUGUGACUGAAUAUGUACCGUGCGAUAUCGCAGUACGUUACUAAAGCCUGGUUCUGGAGUUUUUGUUGUACAGUCACUGUGGAUAAGGUGUGCACCAACCGAAGGAAUCUGAUUAGCUCGAUUCCAGAAAUUUUGGCUACUUAUAUGGGUGACCGUUGUCAAAGAAACGCGAAAAGGGGGCACUAAUUAAACUUGGCUGACAUAUUAGUUAUAUAUUGCCCUUCCCGCUCAACGCACUUUGCUUCUGUUCGUCGAAAAAAAAGCUGAUUUGACGGGCCAUAGUCCCCUUUUCACGCCCAAGGCACGGUGCCGAUUGUUGAAUUGUGUGGAGUCAAGGGCUUUGCGGUAUCGUCGCCUACAUACAUGUAGAACCAUUUUCGGGCAGCAAGAGUCUACAAGUUUGUUUGUUUGUUUUUUUACCUUUUGCAAUAUAGGCGUAGUAAAUAGCCACGACCUGACGUUGCUAAAUGUAUGACGUCAUUGAGAGCUGGUGCGGGAAAUCGAGGGAGGCGUCGCCACCCGCAUUUUGGUUUUAAAGCGAAAGCUUUAAGGGCCCCGUUACGCAGUGAGCACAGCGCCAACGGCGUUGAGCGUGAGCCAAAACUCGCUAGCAAUCCUGGGGCGACUCGUGCCCUGUUUCUAGCAAUCGCAGAGUGACGCGCGCGCCGUGCUUUCUAUUAGCUUUCUACCAAUCGUAGCGCGGCAUCCGCGGUGCCGGCCGGCCGGGGAAAAAAAAAAGAAAAACAGAACGCUCGCCUUCGUACAUAGCGUUCGCCGUCAGCGUUUCCCGGUAAACAUUACGGCGACAUAAGCUGCAGUUGCCGGGAGGUGUGAGAAGCAGUCGGUGAUCUUUGAAUGCUAUCGCGUUCUGCUCUUACAGGCGAAGUUUAAACGUCUCAUAAUUGUCUCGUUUUUCUGCUUCGCCAUGCGCCCGUUUGUCGCUAAAGAGUCGCCUAUUUGCUAUUUCGGAGGUGUAAUAUCUGAAACAAGUUUAGUAAACUAGACACAAAAAAGAGAAAAAAAAAGUAAUUUGAGCUUUACUAGUUAAUUGUCCAUCUAUAAUGCAGAAGAAGAAAAAAACUCUACGUGAGAAGAGACUUGAUGAGUUGGAAAAUACUCAAAAACAGGCAGGUGGCGACAACGCCUUCAAGUCCCCGCAACAGUUCGCUGUGACGUCAUGAAUUCUCACGGCGUCUGCGCGGGCCUAAAUUUUUAAUCGGCAAAGAUAGUGCGUUGUAUGCUAAAGGAGGCCAAGAACUGAACUUUGCAAGUUUCAGGCACUUUUACUCCGUCACUGGUAUAAAAGAUCUGGGGUAUCGCUGUGCGUUGGUAAUGUCCCGGUGUCUGCUAUAAAGCGACACUAUAGGCGCUGGAUUCAGUGCGCACUAUAACGCGCACAUUUCGGGGAGUGAUCGAUCGAACAUAACGGCAUGUGAUGACAUGUGGCUUUCUUCUGUCGGUGCACACCAUACACCGUUUUAUACAUAGCAGGCACCGCUGCAAAGGCUAGCAAGAAUUCUCUCAAUUCUCGCAUCCGUUACCAAAUAAUAGUGCGUCACCUAUAGUUUAGAUACGUACGCGAGUAUAAGAGUGGGGUUGAAGAUGAAUAUGCAGAAGACAAAGAUCAUGUUCAAUAGCCUGGCAAGGGAAGAAUUCAGGAUCGCCAGUCAACCUCUAGAGUUUGUAAAGGAGCACGUUUAUCUAAGUCAUGCAAUUACUCACAGCGAACCCUGAUCAUGAGAAGGAAAUUUGCAGAAUAAAAUUGGGUUGGAGUGCAUACGGCAGGCAUUGCCAAAUCCUGACUGGGAGCUUACCACUGUCGUUAAAAAGAAAAGUGCACAAUCAUUGCAUUCUACCAAAACUAACAUAUGGGGCAGAAACUUGGAGGUUAACAAAGAAGCUCGAGGACAAGUUAAGGUCCGCACAGAGGGCGAUGGAACGAAAAUUGUUAGGCGUAACGUUAACAGACAGGAAGAGAGCGGUGUGGGUCACAGAGCAAGCGGGGAUAGCCGAUAUUCUAAUGGAGAUUAAGAGAAACAAAUGGAUAUGGGCAGGCCUUGUAAUGCGUAGGAUGGAUAACCGGUGGACCAUUAUAGUUACAGAAUGGGUACCAAGAGAAGGGAAGCGCAGUCGAGGACGGCAGAAAAUGAGGUGGUUUGAGGAAGUUGUGAAAUUUGCCGGCGCAAGUUGGAAUGAGCUAGCGCAAGACGGGGACAAUUGGAGACCGCAGAGAGAUGCCUUCGUCCUGCAGUGGACAUAAAAAACACGCUGAUGAUGAUAUAGGUAUGCCUCGUAUACUUCGGCGUCUCGUACUUUAGUCGCAAAAUAGCUCGUCACUAUUACAUAGCAGACUUCGCAGAUCUGAACCACAUUACCACCGAACGGGCGCAGUGACCGGUUUAUGUGACCAAAAACGUAGUACGUCGCAUAUUGGAAGCACAAAAGUGCGCAAGUCAUGCGUGACUCGAUUUAAACUUACGUGCGCCAGUCGUAGUUGUAACAUUUGAAGUGGUUAUUUCGUAGAAAUCGUCGCAGAUCAAAAGUAACCGCAGUGCGAACCGCGCGGAGUGACACUUCUGAGGCCGCACUACUUGCAUAGAUUCCUCAGCGUUGCCUGCCCUGUAUGAAACGGGGUAUGAAUAAUCACGUCACUGUGGCUUUGGCGCUCUUGAGUUAGAGGGGGUAACCUUUCCCGCGCUAAACAAGAUGAUAUAGGAGCCCUUCACUAUCGUUAAAGGCCACCAGCAACGAAAUUUAAGUUGGGCUAAAUUAGUUAUACACGAGUAGCGCAUACUACUGAAGCAAUCUUGGAAAGCUUCAGGGUUGUCCAAUUACUUGACUGUCUAAUUUUCUUAUUAGCAGCUUUUAAAUGUCAGGACCUAAGCAGACAGCCCAUCCACCUGGUGGUUGGCGAGUAUGACGUAAGUUCCAGCACGUCAACUCCGAGAUGUUUUCAGCGCGGGAAGCCGCUGGCAACGGCUAAUCUCGAAGGCCAUGCCUAGGGGCCGCGCGUACCAAGUCGUGCGUCACUUCUGGUUAGCGAUAAGGGCAGCGUAUUUUUUUUUCUCUUAGUUUCGGUAUCGAAACCGUCUAAUUUUGGGAGCCUGUUGCGACGUAUCUACUCGCAUUUUCAAACGUCAAAUUUUGCACAACGGCUGCUCCAAAUCGACACUGGCUGAAACAAUGCUUUCUUACGUGCCCCAUAACUUCGUUGCUGUUGGCCUUUAAGUACUUCGGACGUCGUGUAGACAGUCUAGCCUUUGUUGUUGUUGUGCUUGCAUAGGUAUAUACAUAUUAUACGUAUACGUGAUAGUUCUUGAGCAUAUUUUUGAUCUCCUUGUACACAAGUGUAUAUGGUCUGAACGCUUCACAGAAGUAUUUGUGCUUAUGAUUAUUAUCAUCACCAUUAGUCCCACUGUAAAAUCCUGACGAAAUAAAAAGCGUUUUAUGGAAUCUACAAA